GCGUCAUCAGCCUGCGCGGCGGCCGCUCCUGCAGCUGCCGCGGCCGCCACCACCGCCUGGAGCUCGAUGGGCUUCUCCUGCGCGCCGCCCUGUGUCUGGCCGAGUCCAGGGAGCCGCGGCGCCUCGUGCCGGGGAGCCAUCGCUGCAGCCCAGGUCCCGGGUCGGGGACUGAAAGGGGAGCGACGACGGCAGCGGCAGCCGGAGCCCCACCGCGGGGGCCUGGGACUGGGGAACUGCCUCCGGCUUCACGGUCAGUCGGAUGCCAGUAUGGACAGAAUAGCUUAUGAUGCUUAUCCCCGCCCACCACUUCCGAGACAUUGAGCGGAAGCCGGAGUACCUCCAGCCGGAGAAGUGCAUCCCACCUCCCCACUCGCGUCCCGCGGGAACGAUGUGGUUCAUCCGCGACGGCUGCGGCAUCGCCUGUGCCAUCGUCACCUGGUUUCUGGUCCUCUACGCGGAGUUCGUGGUCCUCUUCGUCAUGCUGAUCCCGUCCCGGGACUACGUGUACAGCGUCAUCAACGGACUCGUGUUCAACCUGCUGGCCUUCCUGGCCCUGGCUUCCCACUGCCGGGCCAUGCUGACGGACCCCGGGGCAGUCCCCAAAGGAAAUGCCACUAAAGAAUUCAUCGAGAGUUUACAGCUGAAGCCCGGGCAGGUGGUGUACAAAUGUCCCAAGUGCUGCAGCAUCAAGCCUGACCGAGCCCACCACUGCAGCGUCUGCAAGCGGUGCAUUCGGAAAAUGGACCACCACUGUCCCUGGGUCAAUAACUGUGUCGGCGAGAACAACCAGAAGUACUUCGUCCUGUUUACAAUGUACAUAGCUCUCAUUUCCUUGCACGCCCUCAUCAUGGUGGGAUUCCACUUCCUGCACUGCUUUGAAGAAGACUGGACAAAUCUCCUGCAAGCCUAUGGACUGACCAGGGAAGAAACAGCAGAGGCCCGAAUAUCUCUUCAUGAAAUAAAGCAGCCCCUUAAAGUCAGUUCCACAGAGUGCAGCUCCUUCUCACCGCCCACCACGGUGAUCCUCCUCAUCCUGCUCUGCUUCGAGGGCCUGCUCUUCCUCAUCUUCACGUCCGUCAUGUUCGGGACCCAGGUGCACUCCAUCUGCACGGAUGAGACGGGCAUCGAGCGCCUCCAACGAAAGAACCAGCGCAGGCAACGCAGGGGCAGCUGGAAGUCGGUCAAAGAGACCUUCGGCGGGGACUUUUCCCUGAACUGGUUCAACCCCUUCUCCGGACCGAGUCACCCAAAGCCGCUGAGCGACAGAGACUGGGUGCGACAGGUGUCCUCGGUGUCAGACACGGAGAACACGGAGACCACGACGGAGGAGCCGUCGGAGGAGCGGAAGGACUUGGACUCCGCGGAGGUGGUCAAUGAGUGACGCUGCGGGGCAGGGGGCCCGGGGCGCCUGGGCACCCCACGCGCUCCCCUCACGCUCCUGACCUCCGACCCCCCUCCCUCCCCCACGCCGGGCCAGGUCAGGCGGUGGGGGUGGACGCAGAGAGACUUGCUCUGAGCUCCCCACCCCAUGAGGGAUUGUCAGGAACCAUCCUCCAGGCUGGGCGCGCUUCCCAGCCUGCACGGCCUCACCCAGCAAAGGUAGCUCCCAACAGGGCAGCCCAGGGGCAGAAAAGAACUUGCCUCUGUCCUUUCUUGGGGUGUCUGUCUUCUCUUGAGAAGGCUGGGGCCCAGGCUCCUGGCUUUUGGAAACUAAAGCUGUGAUGAGGUGGUGACAGAAGGACAGAGCAGGGCUGGCCUUCGAAACCCCAGCAUUAGCAGAGAUGGGCCUGGGCAGGCAGCGAGGAUCCUGGCCGCAAGAAAGGGCUACCCCCCAAUCCCCCGUGCCUGCCUUACUAGGAGACAGCCAUGGCGGCCUCGGCUACCUGCAGGGCUCCAGCCUGGUUUGAGAGAGGACCCCCACACACAUGGGGUGUCCCCAAUUGGGCACAAGCCUAAGUUGUGACAGCAGCACGCAUACUCCGCUUGCGUUCCGCAGACACCAGAAGCCUCAGUCCUCUCCGAGGUGUCCUGUCUUGGGGCUAAGAAUCUGUCCACUCCCAGUGGAGGGGCAGAGGGACAACCUAUGUAGGGCUCCUGGAACUCCAGCCUCCCCUGUGAGAACUGCAUUUAACUGUCCCUCCUGAAAAGAGUCUAAGCACCCACACGGGCAGAUCGGACCAGAAAAUCCAGCCUGAGAGUCUUAGGCCUGUAACCCAAGACAGUGCCCUUUCUUGGGGUGUCUCUCUCAAACCAUGGAUGGUAGCCAGGGCCUGCCGAUUGAGAAGCAGGAAGGCCCCCUGUCACACACACAGACCUCCCACACUACCAGGCUGAGCCGGGACCCUGCUUAUCCCAUGUGAAGCCUGAAGUGUCCGUGAUCAUUCCUGAAGGCCUGAGCAGGGCGUCCUAGGUUCACAAUCCCCGUUCUCAUAGCAGCUGAAGCAGCAUCUUUCACAGAGUCCAGAAGAGGGUUGGUGCCCUGUGGUGAUUGUGGGUAAGAAAGGAGGGCCAGGCAGUGGCCUUUCUGGGAGGGCACCCUUGGGCAUUCUGUAAAGGUGGCGAUUUGUCAGACACUGCCGUCCACCCCCAGUGACCCGCCAGGCUCUGGGCUUUCUUGAGGAGGGGCCGCUUCUUUCCUCAUCCCAGCUCUAAUGAUGUCUCACAAGACGGUGACAGCAGGACUCCGGGAUUGAUAGAGCAGUUGGCAGGGCAUGGGGCCAUCCACACCCAGGCCGUAGGCCUCUUUUCUGGGUCCAUAUCAGCUUUAAUAUUUAUUAACGGCCAUAUAAAGGACCCUGGGGGGCUCUGAAGCCUGUUAACUCACCAUCUACGCAGGGCGUGACUACGGAGGCCUGCUAGUUUUUAUCCUUACUCAAAAAGGUAAAGGUAUCCUUACUGCAUCCAAGGCGCAGGCUUGAUGGACUGUAUACCCAAGAGACUCCACAUUGGGGAAGGAAAGCCAUCCGAACCCCUGGAGUCCCCAGGAGGCCAUGGUUAGAAGAAGGGGAGAGGGGUCGCUGGUCACUGUUUGCGCACAGCUUCAGGGGUCUCUGCUGAGUCCAAGCCUGAGGUCAAAGGCAUGUGCUGAACCUGGGCCCCUGAGAAAUGUCCUUGCAUGACAGGUUUGAAACCUGUCUUCCUCUGGCCAUCAUGGCCUGAAAGCAGAGGUACCCACCAGGCCCAAAGUCACUUCUGCUUUCAGAUUGGUGGGUGGGGAGGCCUUUCACCCCCACAGAGUGGGACCCAGCCCCGACCCCUCUCCUCGCUGAGCCUAUCUCCCUCCACACUAGACACAUCAGACCGUGUCCCGGGAGGGACACCUGGGCCAUGUGGGAAUCAUCUGCCCAACCUUAAGCCUCGUGGCCUCGCACCAGCAACCACAGUGGCCUUCUCUCCAUGGUGGCUGUCGCCAGUGUGAUAUUCUGCUUAACCCCAAACUAACCACCGGGCGACUGAUGUCAGAACAAGCUGAGGGCUGCAGGGAGGGAGGCCAGGCGCAAGCCUCCACCUCUUUGUUUGAAUAAAAAGCUCUCUGGUCCACCUCA